AUGGAAAAGCAAGUCAGAUCCCUCCAGGAGAGCUACAGCUUGUUAUCCAAUGAAGCUUUGAAGCAGCUGCAGGAAGCACAGUAUCUGAGUGAUGAAAAGAUGGAGGAAAAGGUGAAUAAAGUCAUUGCUGGUGUCAUUGACCAAACGACUGGAGAAGUCCUUUCAGUCUUUCAGUCUAUUUUAAAAGGUUUUAUUGACUAUGAUACUGGAAUUAGAUUGCUGGAGAAUCAGCUGAUCCUUUCUGGAAUCAUUUCUCCAGAAUUAGGAGUAUGUUAUGAUUUGGAAGAAGCUAAAGCUCAUGCCCUAAUUGAUGAGCAGACUCUGUUGCAGUUGCAGGAAUUAAGUAAUGCAAAGAAGCUUAUUUCAGAAUCAUCAUUAUCAAAUCUUCCAGUUGUAUCAGCUUUAGAACAAGGUCUAAUUUCAGAACCUUUGGCUAUUAAAAUUCUUGAGAAUCAGCUUUCAAGUGGGCACUUGAUUUUGCCAUCUACGGGAGAAAACCUGACUUUGCAGAAUGCUUUCCAGAGAAACCUGAUUUCUCCAACAUUAUAUACAAAGCUUCUGGAAAGACAAGACACGUGUAAAGAUCUCAUAGACCCCAACUGUGCUGAGAAGAUUUCCCUUGAACAGAUGGUUCAUAGAAGCAUAAUACAUGAAGAAACAGGGUUAAGACUCCUAUCGGUGAAACCACAAGAAAAAGGUAGAAUCACAUUCAAAUGUGGAAGGAAGAUAACUGUUUUGAGGGCAGCCCAUGAAGGACUCAUCGAUCGGGAAACAAUGUUCAGGCUGCUGGGUGCUCAGUUAAUGUCUGGAGGUAUAAUUGACCCUGACUCAGGGAAGCGAAUGACUGUGGAAGAGGCCAUGAGACAAGGGAUGAUAGAUCAGGACACUGCUUGUGGGAUCCUCACACAUCAGGUUCAGACUGGUGGAAUCCUUUGUCCAAAUUCUGGACAACGUUUGACUGUUGAUGAAGCCGUACAAUGCAACUUAAUAUCAUCUACCAGUGCACUGCUGGUAUUAGAAGCACAGAGAGGCUUUGUUGGACUAAUUUGGCCUCACACUGGUGAAAUAUUCCCGAUAUCAACUUCUUUGCACCAAGAGAUGAUAACAAAUGAGCUGGCAUUCAAAAUACUAAAUGACAGACAGAAAAUAGCUGCGCUUUACAUUCCAGAAACUUGUGAAAUAGUCAGUCUAGAUAAGGCUGCACAAUCAGGGAUAAUAGACAUCAAUACUCUAUCUGUUUUGACCAAUGUCACUUUACCAGAUAAAAUGCCCAGUGUAGAAGAAUUAGAGUCCCCUUGUAAAAAUGCUGCAAAAUGGUUAUCGGUGUAUGAAUUCCUGCCAUCUGUAUUUCAUGACUGUGAGGAGGAACAUGAAGAUUCUGGCACAGAAGACCCUGUAUGUCAUAAUUUAGAUCAAGCUAAGAAAUUAUUCAUAUCUUAUCUGAUGGUAAAUAGUUAUAUGGAUGCAAACACUGGAGGAAGACUUUUAUUAUAUGAUGGACAACUGCAAGAUGCCAUCAAUAUGUUGCUGGAAGGUGAUGGUGCUGUGUACAAUGCCGAUGUGUCAGAAAUGGAGUUUAAUAACAAAUACGUAAGCCUGAAAGAAAUUAACCUAAAGUCGGCAGGCAGUGUGCACUUUAAUAAUGUCACAGGCAGUGUUCAGGGUGAUCUUUCAGGUGCUGAGAAUACUUCUAAUAACAGGAAAUUAAAUCAGUGUGAAGAUUUUGGGAAUUACAUAUCUUUACAGGGAGAAGAUCUCCAUGUGUGUAGACCAGAUAUUUGCAAUGCUAUUGGUACUGAGCAAUCAGAAUAUACACAGAAGAUGUUGUCAACUAACCCUACAGAACUUAGAAACGUAGUAAGUAGCACUCAACAUUCCAUGAACAGAAAUGCACUCAGAGGUCUUCUGGAGGUUUCUGGGUGGACAGAACUGUGUAAGCAUAACAGUCAGAAGGCAAAUUCAGGAAACGUUGAAGGAUAUCUUCCAAAUGACUCAAAUUCAAAUCUUAUUUCAGAAACAAAGAAAGAAGAGAUUUAUAUGGCAGACAGUCUGGGUAAUGAAAACAGGAAUGGUAAAACCUUACAGAAUUCCUUGAGUGUGAAUGAUUUGUCAGAUAAUGAAAUCUGGAGAGAGCUGGAAAGGUGCACAAAAUACGGGCCUCACAUAUUGCAAGCUGACAAUAGCAGAAUGGUACUGGCUAACAGCAAGAAAGAUGAUUUUCAGAGGAGGCUUGGUUCAUCCAUCAGUGCAGAUACUGAAUACAGACUUCCAGAAGAAUUGGGUAGUCAAUGUGGUGACACACUACAGUUUGAAGAUAAUGAAUAUAGUGAGCAACCUCUACAACACUACGGUGAUGUACAUAACAGGCCAUCCCUAGAGGAUUAUCUUUAUGUACAUGGCAGGCCAUCCUUGGAGGAUUGUACUGAUUUGCGGAGUAAGCUGUGUGGAGACAUGCACUGCAGGCCUUCAUUGGAUGGCGAUACUGUUAUACAUGAUGGACCACCUCUGGGGGACAGUAACAGCACAGCACAAAAGCUAGCAGUAGAAGAAAGCAAUCUUACAUUUCACAAGUUACUGCUGUGUGACAGUAGUUCUGACUCAUCAGAAGAAGGGAGUGAUGGCAUCCCACAGUUUGAAAGUAACUGUUUGCAGCAUGAAUGUGGUGAGGUAGCCUCUGAAGAUGACAGCUCUCAGUUUGAUGAUGAUGACGAUGAUGCCUAUGAAACACCUCAAGUUGAUGAUGAUGACAGUGAUGUCUAUGAUACUCCACAAAUUGAUGACGAUGAUUCCUAUGGCACUCCUCAAGGUGAUGAUGGUUUUGACACCUUGCAGCUGGGGGAUGAUGAUACACCAGAGACAGAAUUGUCUGGAGCAUCAGUUCCAUUAGGUUUUCUAGAGGAGAGAGGUGGUCUAAUAACCCUUAGAGAAGAGACCAGCUCUUUUCAAGAACUUGCAACUAAUGCUGGAGAGGGUGUCCAUGUAAAUCUGACAGGUCCACCUGAGAGCAUAAAUAUAGCUUCUGCAAGUGCUGAAACUAUGGAAAGAAUCCCUGAAGAGGAAAAGGAAAGAACAGGGAGCUUUGGAGAGAAGGAGCAAAAAUUGCAGGUUACUCUGGAGAGUGAAGGAAGAAAGGAGGGAGGCCUUAGUUCUUUAUGGAAGAUCUAUGAAGCAGAAGUACGAGACAGAAAUGAGGAAGAUGAAAUGAAAGCAGAAAGUGACUCCUAUGAGGAUGAAUCUGAAGGUACAGAAGAGGAGGAAGAUUAUGAGGAGGAUUAUGAUAGUUAUGAUGACUCUGACACUGAUUCUGACAGUGAUGAAGAAAUGGGUAUUUUUUAUUCACAUCAUCAAUGUAUAAACAAAGGUGACCAGCUGAUAAUUUCCUUAGGAGACACAGAAAAUAGCGAUGAAAAUAAUCAGAAUAUUGAUGACUGUUGCUAUUCUUUAGGCCACAAGACAGCAUAUACUUUGCAAUUCCAGUCUAGCCAUGAAAAUGGAAAACUAUCCUCAGGAAGAUGUGAAUCUGCAUCAGAUGUUUCUGAGGAAAGAUGUAUUGGUCUUACAUGUGCAAGCGAAGAAGACAGACAGCAGGAAACAGAAGAUGAAUAUGGGACUUGUGUCAAAGUGUCACAAGAUACUACUGAGCCUAUUCAGUCUGAAAAUACUUUUGACACUAAAUGGACAUCCUGUAAGAGUGAAGAAAAGAAUAAAACACAGCUUAAAAUUCCAAGUUCUCAGCUUCUUGAUGAUACCGUGACAUCUGACAUUAGUGUAACAGCCUUCCUAAUUACAAAGCAAGCUACUGAUGAUGAUGAAAGUACUCAGACAAAUUUGCUUCUCUCAGAAUGCUUUAUCGAUGGCAUGAAUAAAAACAAUACUACCAUGCCAAUGUUACAUUCAAAUCAUGGGCAAAGGCAGAGAGAAGCAGUAUUUGCAGAGGAAAAAGUAUUAAAUGAUAUCACUGGUAUGGAACGACUAAAGGAAAGUUCAUCCCAAAUGGACAAUAAAUUCCUUAUGAAUAUGCCUUAUAUGAGUGAUGGUGAUAGUUCACUUAGUGACCAAGUACAUCCAGUCACCGGUUGGAAGCAUGGUCAAAUAGGACGAGGUUUUGAAAUUCUUACAGAAAAUAAAAAUAGAGUAAAUACUAUGGAGGAAUGUGAUAUGGGGCUAAGUAAAAGUCCCAUUCAGAUGGAAAGCCUUGGGGAAAUAUUUGAUGCAUCAGUAAUUAAAGCUGGUAGAGAAACUCCUGUUUCAAGUAAAGAAAAAGUAAAUGUUGAUCAAGCUUUGCUUGACAUUGGAGGUGGUGCGAAAUCCGAUGAAUUUAAGAGAGAUUUUAACAUUUCCGCUUCUUUAAAACAAUAUACAACAGACAUAAAAGAAAGCGGCCAUUCAGAUUUGGAUAAAACUGAAUCCUCUUGCUUUGAGGACAGGGGAAGAGGGAAAAAGGGUAUACAGAAUGAAAAGGAUUUUCUGCUAUAUACAGAAGAAAUGCCUUCAAGUGAAUUUAACACUUAUUCUUUUCCCCCAACUGAUACAGUGAAACCAAAGGAAAUUAGCAUAACUAAAGAAACAGGGAGAGUUAUCUGUCAAAAUACUGACAAUGUUCUUAAAGACUUUUCAGAAAACAAGAGCAGCAAUGAUAGUGAAUUUUCCCCAAUAAAAGCAGAUGCUUUAGGAAGUAUUGAGGGUGCCAAAGAAUCAGGGGAUGGGAGUGAAGCACUACCUUCUGGGAGUCAUACCCAUACCACUGAUGUUUCUUCUGCAGUUCUGAGCAGCAUAGGGGCUGGCUUGAAUUAUGGUGCCCAGAAACAACAUGAGAUGCUGAAAAAUACAAAGGGAGAAAAUUUCAUAGUCAGUGAGACUUCUUCCCCUGGAAAUGGUUUCAAAAAACAAAUGUCCAUGGAGUCAUUACAAAAGGAAAGAGGACCCUGCGAAGAUUUUCAAGUAAAGGAAGGUAUUUCACAAUUGCCAGAAAUGUCUGACACACUAAUGGGAGACUUAAAGAAUAUAUUACAAAGGAAGUUGAAAAUGGGACAUGUUUACUGCAAGCAGGAGGGUGAACCCCUAAAUUACUCUGAUACCAAAAUCUUAAUGCAAAAUUUAUUUACAAUGGUUAGAAGCACCCAGCUUGGGAGUGACACGUCUAGUGGAUCAAAUCUCAAGCAAAUAAGCAAUGCUGUUAGAACUGCAUUAAUGGUUACCACACCAUGUACAGAGCCAAAGGACAGUGAUGCUCUUUCAUUGCUUUGGCCUGAUUGCAGAAGUCCUGAUCUUCUUCGUGAUAUUCUGAAGCAGGAAUCCUGCAAGCAAAAGACGGAUGAUCCAGGUGAAAGGAAGAGUGAAAGAGACAUGAAAGCUCCUGUUCCAAAACUUACUACUUCUGAACUUCUGGAGAUUUUUCAAAUCUCACCUGGAGAUGAAAGUACAAGCAAGUUAGAGGAGCUGAUAAGUGGUUUGCUUACGAGCUCACAGGUUGCUGGUAUCACCACAGAACGUGAGGGUAAAGGCAAAGUAGAUGGGCUUCAUACUCUUUUCUCAACAGAACAAUCAGAGUUUGGAUCAGAAAUUGCUAAAGAGAAAACAUUGGCAGAUGACGCAGCCGUUGCUUGGAAAAGUGACCAGGAGCAUAGGAAGACAGACAGCCUGUUCAAAGGCUUUACUGAGCCUAUUUUCAAAACAAAAGCAGCAGUCCUGGAAGACACCCCUGCUAGCAUGGUUGAUGGAGUACAGCAAUGUUUAAAGUUAACAGAGAAAAUGCAAGGACAUUUGGCAGUGCUUCAAGAUAUGAAAAGCCACCUAGAUAACCAGCAGCCUAUUAGUAACAACCUGGAAAUACUAAAAGAUGAACUGGAACAACUAGAGUCAUUUGAAUCAGGACUGGCUACCUUUGCGAUUAUCCUAAAAAAGGACAUGAAAUUGACAGAAGAGUUUUUAAAGUUUUAUAACAGGGAUAUUCCUGAAGAGAAGCUUAAAGAGCUAAAGAUAAGCUAUGAGUAUUUGCAGGAAGCAUUUUUGGUGGUCUGUGAUACAUCUUCGAAACGAGCGAAACAAAUAGUCUGUGCUGUUGACUUGGAAAUGUCUAAGCUUGCAGUAUUACACCAGCAACUUUUAAGCAAACUGCAGAGAUUUUCAGACUGGAUCACAGAGAACGGUAAAAUCGUGAAUGACUUCAUAGUGAAUACUAAUGAUAUAGAAGAGAUGAAGAAAAGUUUACAGCUAUUUAAAAACAGUGCUGCAGAACUCGGCUGUAAAAAAACGCAACUGGAGUCCACUGCGUUUGAUGUUCAGUUCUUCAUUUCUGAACAUGCCCAAGAUCUUUCUCCUAAUCAGAGCAAACAGUUGCUGAGGCUCUUAAAUACCACCCAAAAAUCUUUUCAGGAAGUACAGGAAGCAAUAAUAUCUCAAGUGGAAAGUUUAGAGACUCAGUUACAGGCAGCACAAGAGCUGGGUGAUCAGAAGGAUGUGGCUGAACGGCAGCAGGAAUGCAAAGAGAAACUGCAGGAAAUCUGUGAUUUGCUUACACAGACUGAAAAUCGACUCAUCGGACAGCAAGAGUCUCUUGUUAUUGGAGACAGCAAGGCUGAGCUAGAACAAUACCAGACCAAACAGGAGGAGAUACAAAAAGACAUGAGAAUGAGUGCCCAGACUCUGGCAGAGAUUGUGAAAAAUACUGAAACCUUCUUGAAAGAGAAUGGCGAAAAGUUGUCACAAGAAGACAAGACUGUUCUUGAACAGAAACUGAAUGAAGCUAAGACAAAGUGUUUGCUCCUUAGCCAGAAGGCAGAAGAGUCCAAAAAAGAACUGGAUAAAGCUAUGACAACAGCAAUUAAGCAGGAAACAGAAAAGGUUGCAGCUAUAGAACAGCUGGAAGAAAGUAAAAAUACAAUAGAAAAUCUCUUGGAUUGGUUAUCGAAUGUGGAUAAAGAAGCAGAGCACGGCCGGAAAUUUAAGCAGGCGAUAGAACAGAAUGGAACGCACUUUGAAGAGGGAGAUGUGAAGGCUUUGGAAGGAGAGGAGGACGAUGUCAAUGGUAAUCUGCUGGAAAUUCAGCAAGACAUUGAAACUCGGGUGGAUGGACUAGUAAAAAGCACAGAAGAUAAUCUGAACCAGCAGUAUCAGAAAGUCAAGGCUCAACAUGAGAAAAUUAUUUCACAGCAGCAGGCUGUCAUAAUAGCAACUCAGUCUGCUCAGGCACUGCUUGAAAAACAAGGGCACUACCUUUCCCCUGAAGAAAAAGACAAGAUGCAAAGGAACAUGAAAGAGCUGAAGGCUCAGUACGAGACUGCUUUAGCUGAAUUGGAACGGAAAAUGAAGUUGACUCAUUCUCUAAGAGAAGAACUUGAGAAAUUUCAUGCAGACUAUAGUGAAUUUGAAACCUGGCUGCAGCAGGCAGAACAAGAACUUGACAAUUUGGAGGCAGGUGCUUCUGACUUCAGUGGUAUUAUGGUCAAACUGAAAAGGCAAAAGAGUUUUUCGGAAGAUGUUAUCUCUCACAAAGGUGAUUUACGGUAUAUUACAAUUUCUGGACAAAGAGUUUUAGAUGCUGCAAGGUCAUGUAGCAAAAGAGAUGGUGUGAAGGUUGACAAAGAUGGUAUCGAUACUUCGGCUACGUAUGCUGAAGUGCAAAAUAAACUGGAUAGUGCUUCAGAUCGUUUCAAAUCUCUCUAUACUAAGGCUCAACAUGAGAAAAUUAUUUCACAGCAGCAGGCUGUCAUAAUAGCAACUCAGUCUGCUCAGGCACUGCUUGAAAAACAAGGGCACUACCUUUCCCCUGAAGAAAAAGACAAGAUGCAAAGGAACAUGAAAGAGCUGAAGGCUCAGUACGAGACUGCUUUAGCUGAAUUGGAACGGAAAAUGAAGUUGACUCAUUCUCUAAGAGAAGAACUUGAGAAAUUUCAUGCAGACUAUAGUGAAUUUGAAACCUGGCUGCAGCAGGCAGAACAAGAACUUGACAAUUUGGAGGCAGGUGCUUCUGACUUCAGUGGUAUUAUGGUCAAACUGAAAAGGCAAAAGAGUUUUUCGGAAGAUGUUAUCUCUCACAAAGGUGAUUUACGGUAUAUUACAAUUUCUGGACAAAGAGUUUUAGAUGCUGCAAGGUCAUGUAGCAAAAGAGAUGGUGUGAAGGUUGACAAAGAUGGUAUCGAUACUUCGGCUACGUAUGCUGAAGUGCAAAAUAAACUGGAUAGUGCUUCAGAUCGUUUCAAAUCUCUCUAUACUAAGUGUAGCAUCCUUGGAAAUAACCUUAAAGACCUCGUGGAUAAAUACCAGCAUUAUGAAGAUGCUUCAUCUGGACUUCUGUCAGGUCUCCAGGCCUCUGAAAUAGCUGUGAACAAACAACUAUCAGAGCCAAUUGCAGUGGAUCCCAAAAAUCUCCAAAGACAACUAGAAGAAACCAAGAUUCUUCAGGGACAAGUGUCUAACCACCAAAUUGCUGUAGAAAAACUGAAAAAAGCUGCUGAAGUGUUACUGGAUACAAGGGGAGAGUUGACACCAGACAAAGAUGAGAUUCAGAAAACACUGGAUGAUGUUGUGGAUAGGUAUGACAAUUUAUCCAAGUCUGUGAAUGAAAGGAAUGAGAAGCUCCAAAUAACUCUGACACGAUCCCUAAGCGUGCAGGAUGGUUUGGAUGAAAUGCUGGAUUGGAUGGAAGGUGUUGAAAAGAGCCUUGAAGAACAAGAUCAAGUGCCUUUGAAUUCUGCUGCUAUUCAGGAUAUUAUUAGUAAAAGCAUUAUGCUAGAACAAGACAUUGCGGGUCGCCAAAGCAGUAUAAACACUAUGAAUGAAAAAGUGAAGAAGCACAAACAAAAAACACAUCCACCCACUGCAUCCACGCUGCAAGCUAAAAUGAGUGAACUUGCAGGACGGUUUUCUGAAAUGCUAGAACAAGACAUUGCGGGUCGCCAAAGCAGUAUAAACACUAUGAAUGAAAAAGUGAAGAAGUUCACAGAAACAGCAGAUCCAUCCACUGCAUCCACGCUGCAAGCUAAAAUGAGUGAACUUGCAGGACGGUUUUCUGAAGCAAGUAACAAGCAUAAAGAGAAGCUUAUGAAAAUGGAGGAGUUGAAGACUAAAGUGGAGUUAUUUGAAGGUCUGUCAGAAAAACUUCAGUCAUUUCUAGAUGAGAAAAACCAGGCACUCAGUGAGACGGAGGCACCAAGAAAGGAUGUUAGUGAAGUGUAUCAAUAUAUGCAGGAAGCUAGUGUAGAAUUGGCACAACAUAAGAAGGAUCUGGAAGUUUUGCAGCAGCUUCUUGAAGAACUUUCAUUCCAUGCUCUUCCUGGAGAUAAAGCAUUGGUAUUAGAAAAAGUAAAUGCUUUGUCAAAGAAAUUCAGAGAGGUAGAGGAAGCUGUAAAGGAAAAAGAAGAGGAUGUAUCAUCUUGUCAGAAACAAAUGGAUACUUUUGAGCUCCUUGUAGAAUCAUUAAAGAAAUGGAUAAAAGAGACGACAGAACGCAUUCCAGCAGCGCAACCCUCUCUGAAUACAGAGGAGUUAAAGAAACCUUUGGAAGAUACAUUGAAUUUAAAAGAUGAAUGGACAUUAAAAGCACCUGAACUGCAGAAAAUGAAUAGCAGAGGAACAUUGCUGUGUAAUUUAAUUACUGCUGUGACUUCUCCUGCCAAACUGAGAGCAGUUGCAAAAUCAGGUGGCACAAUGUUAAAUGGUGAAGGAGGAGCUCCAGGAACUCAGGAUUUCCUGAAAAAUAAAGAACUGACAACUGUUCAACAAGCCAUGUCUGAUGUAAAUCACAGUUACGAAGAUUUGGGAGUUUUAUUGAAGGAAAAGAUUUCAGAACUAGAAAGUAUGCUUUCAAAAAUGCAGAAUAUUCAGGAAGAAUCGACCUCAAUGAUGCAGUGGUUGCAAAAAAUGGACAAAACUGCAUCAGAUUGGGAAGCUGCUCCAACUGAUAGUGAAGCAGUUAAAGCCCAAGUUGAGCAACAUAAGCUUUUUGAAACGGAAUUAAAGCAAAGUGCGAAUAAAGUGCAGGAACUAAAGGACAAAGUGACAGAGCUGUUGGAGAAGAACCCUGACUCUCCUGAGGCGCCCAAAUGGAGACAAAUGUUGGAUAAAAUAGAUUCCAAAUGGAAAGAACUCAAUCAAGUUACAUCUGAGAGACAACAAAAACUGGAGGAGUCUUCAAAUUACCUGACCCAGUUCCAGACAGCAGAAGCUCAGUUAAAGCACUGGCUUGUAGAAAAGGAGCUAAUGGUCAGCGUGCUGGGACCACUAUCAAUCGAUCCUAAUAUGCUGAAUACACAAAAGCAACAGGUUCAGAUUCUGCUCAAAGAGUUUGACACCAGAAAGCCACAAUACGAGCAGUUAACUAUGGCUGGUGAAGGGAUUCUGAAGAGACCUGGUGAACGUUCACCCUCCCAUGAAAUUGUAAAAGAGCAACUGGCAGCUGUGGCACAAAAAUGGGACAGUCUAACCGGCCAGCUGAGGAACAGAUGUGACCGAAUUGACCAAGCCAUUGUGAAAAGCACAGAGUAUCAAAGUCUACUCAGAAGUCUGUCUGAUAAGCUAAGUGCCUUGGAUAGCAAACUAAGCAGCAGCCUGGCUGUGAGUACACAACCUGAUGCUGUGAAACAACAACUGGAAAUCGCUAGAGAAAUGAAGGAGGAAAUAGAACAGGAAAUGAAGAAUAUCAAUGCAGCUCAAGCUCUUUGUGAAGAGCUGUCAACACUGGUUGGAGAAGAGUAUUUGAAAGCAGAACUUAUGAGACAGUUAGAUGGCAUCUUAAAAUCGUUUAAGGAUAUCGAGCAAAAGUCAGAUAACCAUGUUCAGCAGCUUCAGUCGGCAUAUGCUGCUUCUCAUCAGUUCCAGCAAAUGUCUAAGGACUUUCAGGCCUGGCUAGGGAAAAAGAAAGAAGAGCUGAACCAGGCUUAUCCUGUAUCAGCCAAACUCGAUGCCUUGCAAUCACUAAUUGAAGAACAGAAAGAUUUUAAGAAGACCAUGACCGAUCAGAUUAGUUCAUAUGAAAGAAUUGUUGCAGAAGGAGAAAGUAUCUUACAGAAGACUCAAGGAGCUGACAAAGCAGCAUUACAAUCCCAAAUUGCUACACUCAGAAGUAACUGGGAUGAAAUGAAUAAGCAGGUAAAAGAAAGGCAAGAUAAAUUAACAGAUUGUCUGGAGAAAGCCCUCAAAUACAAGCAGCAUGUAGAAAAUCUGCAGCCGUGGAUAGAGAAAUGCCAAAGCAACCUGUGUGAAUUAAAAGUUGGCAUAAACCCUGUUGAAAUAGAGAAUUCUAUUGUUCAGGUGAAGGCCUGGCAGAAGGACCUGGAUAAACACCAUGGGAUGGUGGAGCUAUUAAAUAAUAGUGCUGAAAGUUUGCUCAGUGCAAGUCAAACAGAUAAAGAAAUUAUUCAAGAAGAAACUAAGGUGCUGAAUCAGAAAGUGAAUGUGGUCACAGAACAAUUACAUAAGAAGAGAGAGUGCUUGGAAAAUAUGGCACAAAGGCUGAAGGAGUUUCAGGAAUCAUCCAGGGAAACUGAAAAACAACUUAAAAGUGCGAAAGAGCAUCUGGAAGCUCAUGACUCGCUUGGACCUCAGUCAUUCAGUAACAAACACCUGACGAUGAUGCAGGCCCAGCAGAAAGCCUUGCAGGCUUUAAAGCCUCAUGUUGAUUUAGCAAAAAAGCUUGCCCAAGACCUGGUGGUAGAAGCUUCUGAUCCAGCAGGUGUUUCUGACCUUUUGCUCCAAGCUGAAUCUCUGGAGCGAGAAUACACUGCAGUGAACCAGCAGGUUGAAGAUAGGUGCUCGUUCUUAGAGACAAAACUUCAGGGAAUUGGCCAUUUCCAAAACAGCAUCCGAGAAAUGUUCUCUCAGUUUGCAGAGUUUGAUGAUGAACUUGAUAGUAUGGCUCCAGUGGGGAGAGAUCUCGAGGUGCUGCAAUCACAGAGAGGGGACAUAAAACGUUUCCUGAAAAAGCUGGAGGAUCUUAUAAUUAAUAAUGAAAAUGCUAAUAAAAACUGUAAAAUGAUGCUAGCCACAGAAGCUGAAGCUUCUCCUGAUCUUGUUGGUAUAAAAAGAGACUUGGAAGCUUUAAAUAAACAGUGCAACAAGCUACUAGACAGAGCAAAAGCCAGGGAAGAUCAAGUGGAGGGUACUAUUAGCCGUGUUGAGGAGUUUUACAGUAAGCUAGAAGAAUUUUCCUGUCUGCUUGGGAGAGCUGAAGAACAUGAAGAGUCACAAGGUCCUGUUGGAAUGGAAACAGAGACUAUUAAUCAGCAGCUGAAUACAUUCAAGGUAUUCCAGAAAGAAGAAAUUGAACCCCUGCAAGUAAAACAACAGGAGGUAAAUUGGUUGGGUCAAGGCCUUAUUCAAAGUGCUGCUAAAAGUACCAACACAGAAAACCUUGAACAUGACCUUGAAGAUGUCAACACGCGAUGGAAGACUCUUAAUAAGAAGGUGGCCCAGCGUGCUGCGCAAUUGCAGGAAGCUCUCCUUCACUGUGGGAGAUUUCAGGAUGCCCUUGAAUCUCUGCUUAGCUGGCUCAUUGAUACAGAAGACCUUGUGGCUAAUCAGAAACCACCAUCUGCUGAAUUCAAAGUUGUGAAGGCCCAAAUACAAGAACAGAAACUUCUCCAGAGGUUGCUGGAUGACCGCAAGCCUACCGUUGAGGUAAUCAAGCGUGAAGGGGAGAAAAUUGCAGAGUCAGCAGAACCUGCUGAUAGAGUGAAAAUCUUGAAACAGUUGAGUUUCCUGGAUAGUCGAUGGGAUGCAUUGCUCAGUAAAGCUGAAACAAGGAACCGUCAGUUGGAAGGCAUCUCAGUGGUAGCGCAGCAGUUCCAUGAAGCUCUGGAGCCGCUGGUAGAGUGGCUGACCACCACAGAGAAGAGGCUUGCAAAUGCAGAACCCAUUGGAACACAGGCCUCCAAACUGCAGCAGCAAAUUUCUCAGCAUAAAGCCCUAGAAGAUGAUGUCCUAGCUCACAAUAAGAGUUUACAUCAGGCCAUUAGUACUGGUCAGUCUCUAAAGACUAUGAGCUCCAGGGAAGAUAAAGAUAUGGUGCAGGAAAAGCUAGAUUCUUCUCAGGCCCGAUACAUUGAGAUUCAAGAGAAGAGCAACAGCAGGUCUGAACUUCUUCAGCAAGCUUACAGCAAUGCUCAGAUUUUUGGGGAGGACGAAGUUGAAUUGAUGAACUGGCUGAAUGAAAUCCAUGAUAAACUGAGCAAAUUGUCAGUCCAAGAUUGCAACACAGAAUUGCUUGAGAAACAGCACUCUGAACUACUGGAUCUUCAGGAAGAGAUUUUUCUUAGAAAACAAAAUGUUGAUUUGGCUAUACAAAAUGGCUUGGAGCUUCUCAAGCAAACAACAGGUGAUGAAGUUGUAAUAAUUCAAGAUAAACUGGAAGGCAUUAAAGCGAGAUACAAAGACAUUACGAAAUUGAGUUCUGAUGUAUCCAAGACCUUAGAGCAGGCUCUGCAGCUUGCAGGUCAGCUGCACUCAACUCACGAGGAACUCUGCAAAUGGCUUGACAAAAUGGAGGUGGAGUUACUCUCAUAUGAAACUCAUAUACCAAAGGGUGAAGAAUUAAGCCAAGUACAAGAAAGACAAAAAGAGUUGAAAAAAGAAGCAAAGAACAACAAAGGCUUACUGGACACUCUGAAUGAAGUUGGCAGUGCCUUCCUGGAGCUGGUGCCGUGGAGGGCCAGAGAGGGGCUUGACAAGAUGAUAACAGAGGACAACGAACGUUACAGAUUAGUGAGUGACACGAUCUCUCAGAAGGUGGAUGAGAUUGAUGCUGCCAUCCUGAGAUCCCAGAAGUUUGAUCAAGCAGCCGAUGCUGAAUUUGCCUGGAUUGCAGAAACAGAAAAGAAACUGAUGUCUCUGGGUGAUAUUAGGCUUGAGCAAGACCAGACCAUGGCUCAGCUACAAGUUCAAAAGGCUUUUACCAUGGAGAUUUUGAGGCACAAAGAUACUAUAGAUGAACUUGUUAAAUCUGGGGAUAAGAUUAUGAACACGUGCACCGAGGAAGAGAAACAGACCAUGAAGAAAAAAAUGGAAAGCCUCUUACAGAAAUACGAUGCAGUCUGUCAAAUGAACUCUGAGAGAAACCUCCAGCUGGAACGGGCUCAGUCCCUGGUUAACCAGUUCUGGGAGACUUAUGAAGAGCUUUGGCCAUGGUUAACUGAAACAGAAAUGAUCAUCUCCCAGCUUCCUGCACCAGCCCUUGAAUAUGAAACUUUAAAGCAACAACAAGAAGAGCAUAGGCAACUGCGUGAGCUGAUCGCUGAGCACAAGCCUCAUAUAGAUAAGAUGAACAAAACCGGGCCUCAGUUGCUGGAGCUGAGCCCAGGAGAAGGGUUUUCUAUCCAAGAGAAAUAUGUGGCAGCUGACACCCUUUACGGUAAAAUUAAGGAAGAUGUCAAAAAGCGAGCACUGGCACUGGAUGAAGCCAUUUCUCAGUGUACUCAGUUUCAUGACAAGAUAGAUCCAACUCUUGAGAGUCUGAAGCGCAUAGUUGAACGUCUGAGGCAGCCACCUUCGAUCUCAGCAGAGGUUGAGAAGAUUAAAGAGCAAAUCAGUGAAAAUAAGAAUGUGUCAGUGGAUCUGGAAAAACUUCAGCCUGUGUAUGAGACACUUAAACAGAGAGGAGAGGAAAUGAUUGCUCGCUCAGAAGGAGCUGAUAAGGAUAUAUCUGCUAAAGCUGUUCAAGAUAAACUAGACCAAAUGGUCCUCAUUUGGGAAGACAUCCAGACCUUGACCGAGGAAAGGGAGGCCAAAUUGUUGGAUGUAAUGGAACUAGCCGAAAAGUUUUGGUGUGAUCAUAUGGCUCUUGUAGCUACUAUUAAAGAUACUCAGGACUUCAUUCGAGAACUGGAGGGACCUGGAGUUGACCCAUCUGUAGUCAAGCAACAGCAAGAAGCUGCUGAGGCUGCUAAAGAAGAAAUUGAUGGACUGCAAGAAGAACUAGAAACAGUUGUGAGCCUUGGCUCUGAACUUAGAGCUGCUUGUGGAGAGCCUGACAAACCUAUUGUCAACAAGAGUAUAGAUGAGCUGAAUUCUGCCUGGGAUGCCUUAAACAAAACAUGGAAAGAACGGGUGGAUAAGCUUGUUGAAGCUAUGCAGGCAGCUGUUCAAUACCAAGAUGGACUGCAGGCAAUAUUUGACUGGGUAGACAUUGCUGGCAGCAAGUUAGCAUCUAUGUCCCCAGUUGGAACAGAUCUGGAGACAGUGAAGCAGCAAACCGAGGAACUUAAGCAAUUUAAGACAGAAGCUUACCAGCAGCAGAUAGAAAUGGAAAGACUGAACCAUCAGGCAGAACUAUUGCUGAAGAAGGUAACAGAGGAGAGUGAUAAGCACGCUGUUCAAGAUCCUCUCUCAGAGCUCAAACUAAUGUGGGACAGCCUAGAAGAAAAAAUUAUAAAUAGACAGCACAAGCUGGAAGGUGCCUUGUUAGCCUUGGGGCAGUUCCAGCAUGCCCUGGAUGAGUUACUGACGUGGCUGACGCAUACAGAAGACUUGCUGAAUGAACAGAAACCUGUGGGUGGAGACCCCAAGGCUAUUGAAAUUGAACUUGCCAAACAUCAUGUGCUACAAAAUGAUGUUUUAGCUCAUCAGUCUACGGUGGAAGCAGUUAAGAAAGCAGGAAAUGACCUGAUUGAAUCAAGUGCUGUUGAAGAAGCAAGUAAUUUACGGAGCAAGUUGGAACUUCUGAAUCAGCGCUGGCAAAACGUGUUGGAAAAAACAGAACAAAGGAAACAGCAGCUGGACAGUGCCUUGAUCCAGGCCCAAGGUUUCCAUGGUGAAGUUGAAGAUAUGCAGCAAUGGCUGACAGACACUGAACGUCAGCUGUUGGCAUCAAAACCUGUUGGAGGCUUACCAGAAACAGCGAGAGAGCAGCUCAAUACCCAUAUGGAACUUUGUGCUGCCUUUGAAGCCAAAGAGGAGACAUAUAAGUGUUUAAUGCAGAAAGGCCAGCAGAUGCUUGCAAGAUGCCCAGAGUCUGCUGAAACAAACGUUGAGCAGGACAUAAAUAACUUAAAAGAAAAAUGGGAAUCAGUACAAACAAAGCUCAGUGAAAGAAAAACCAAACUGGAAGAAGCCCUCAAUUUAGCAAUGGAGUUCCACAACUCACUUCAAGAUUUCAUCAAUUGGCUUACUCAGGCUGAGCAAACUCUAACUGCAGCUUCUCGGCCAAGUCUUAUCUUGGACACGGUCUUGUUUCAAAUUGAUGAACACAAGGUUUUUGCCACAGAAGUGAAUUCUCAUCGAGAUCAGAUCAUAGAGCUGGACAAAACUGGAACCCAUUUGAAAUAUUUCAGCCAGAAACAGGAUGUUGUCCUUAUUAAGAAUCUGCUGAUUAGUGUACAGAGUCGAUGGGAAAAAGUAGUUCAACGCUUAGUUGAAAGGGGAAGAGCUUUGGAUGAUGCAAGGAAAAGAGCCAAACAGUUCCAUGAAGCCUGGCACAAACUUAUGGAAUGGCUAGAAGAGUCAGAGAAAUCUUUGGACUCAGAUCUUGAAAUUGCAAAUGACCCUGACAAAAUAAAGAUGCAGCUUGCACAGCAUAAGGAAUUCCAGAAAUCUCUUGGUGCCAAACAUUCUGUGUAUGAUACCACAAAUAGGACUGGACGCUCCUUGAAAGAGAAAACCACCUUGGCUGAUGACAAUUUGAAACUUGAUGAUAUGCUGAGUGAACUAAGGGAUAAGUGGGAUACAAUUUGUGGAAAAUCAGUGGAAAGACAAAAUAAACUGGAGGAAGCCCUGUUAUUUUCGGGACAAUUUACUGAUGCUCUGCAAGCUCUCAUUGACUGGUUAUACAAAAUUGAGCCUCAGCUAGCAGAAGAUCAGCCAGUACACGGAGACAUUGAUUUAGUGAUGAACCUGAUCGACAAUCACAAGGUUUUCCAGAAGGAGUUGGGAAAAAGAACGAGCAGUGUCCAGGCUCUGAAGCGCUCUGCCAGAGAGCUGAUAGAAGGCAGUCGUGAUGACUCUUCCUGGGUCAAAGUCCAAAUGCAGGAGCUAAGCACUCGCUGGGAGACAGUUUGUGCCCUGUCAGUAUCCAAGCAAACACGACUGGAACAGGCUCUUCGGCAGGCAGAAGAAUUCCACUCUGUUGUCCAUGUCCUUUUGGAGUGGCUGGCAGAGGCGGGGGGGGCUCUUCGUUUCCACGGGGUCCUUCCAGAUGAUGAAGAGGCCUUGCGUACACUGAUAGACCAGCACAGGGAAUUUAUGAAGAAACUGGAAGAGAAAAAGGCAGAACUGAAUAAAGCAACAGGUAUGGGAGAAGCUAUCCUAGCUAUCUGCCACCCAGACUCCAUCACCACCAUUAAGCACUGGAUAACAAUCAUCAGAGCCAGGUUUGAAGAGGUUUUAGCAUGGGCUAAACAACAUCAACAGAGACUGGCAGGAGCUCUGGCUGGUCUUAUUGCUAACCAGGAAUUGCUGGAAGCCUUGCUGUCCUGGUUGCAGUGGGCAGAGACUACACUUACUGAAAAAGAUAAAGAGGUUAUCCCCCAGGAGAUUGAGGAAGUUAAAGCACUUAUAGCCGAACAUCAGACAUUCAUGGAGGAAAUGACCAGAAAACAACCUGAUGUGGAUAAAGUUACAAAGACCUAUAAAAGAAAGGCACUUGAACCCACUCCAGUACAAUCUCAUAUUCCUGUCCUUGAUAAGGGGAGAGCAGGAAGAAAGCGUUCCCCAACACCAGGCAUAUAUCCGUCAGCAGCCCAGGCGCAAAUCGAAACCAAGAAUCCACGGGUAAACCUUUUAGUCAGCAAAUGGCAGCAAGUCUGGCUUCUGGCCUUGGAAAGAAGAAGAAAACUUAAUGAUGCUUUGGACAGACUUGAAGAGCUGAGAGAAUUUGCCAACUUUGAUUUUGAUAUUUGGAGGAAAAAAUACAUGCGAUGGAUGAACCAUAAGAAGUCUCGUGUGAUGGACUUCUUUAGGAGGAUUGAUAAAGAUCAGGAUGGAAAGAUAACAAGGCAGGAAUUUAUCGAUGGAAUUCUUUCUUCAAAAUUCCCAACAAGCCGACUUGAAAUGAGUGCUGUUGCAGACAUUUUUGAUAGAGAUGGUGAUGGAUAUAUUGACUAUUAUGAAUUUGUAGCAGCUCUUCAUCCAAACAAGGAUGCAUACAAGCCUCUCACAGAUGCUGACAAAAUUGAAGAUGAGGUUACAAGGCAGGUAGCUAAAUGUAAAUGUGCAAAACGGUUUCAAGUGGAACAGAUUGGGGAUAACAAGUACAGGUUCUUCCUGGGAAAUCAGUUUGGUGACUCUCAACAACUGCGCCUUGUUCGUAUCCUAAGAAGUACAGUCAUGGUUCGUGUUGGAGGUGGCUGGAUGGCACUUGAUGAGUUCUUAGUGAAAAAUGAUCCUUGCAGGGUUCAUCAUCACGGGAGUAAAAUGUUACGUUCGGAAUCAAACUCUUCAAUUACCACUCAGCCUACUAUAGCUAAAGGGAGGACAAAUGUGGAGCUGCGUGAAAAGUUCAUUUUGGCAGAUGGUGCCAGUCAGAGCAUGGCAGCUUUCCGACCAAGGGGCCGUAGAUCACGACCCUCUUCAAGGGCUGCUUCUCCCAACAGAUCUACUUCUCUGUCAAGUCAAGCUGGCCAGGCAGCUGCCCCGCAAGCAGUUGCUACAAGUACGCCGAAGACACCCCAUCAUUUAACACGCAACUAUGGUAAACCAUGGUUGACAAACAGCAAAACGUCAACUCCUUCUAAGCCACCAGAAUCCUCAGACUAUCAAGGGUCAUCUGCAGAGGGAACACCGAUUCAAGGAAGUAAACUCAGACUGCCAGGAUAUCUAUCAGGGAAAGGUUUCCACUCUGGAGAAGACAGUGGCAUCCUGUCAACAGCAGCUACCAGAGUUAGAGCUCAGUUUGCAGAAACCAGAAGAACUCCAAGCAGACCUGGAAGCCGAGCAGGAAGCAAGGCUGGCAGCAGGUCAAGUAGCCGCCGAGGCAGUGACGCAUCUGACUUUGACAUUUCAGAAAUCCAGUCUGUAUGCUCAGAUAUGUCAGAGACUGUUCCUGCUACAAGCAGACCGACACCCCGAGCAGGUUCUCGGCCAGGAUCAGCCAAGCCUUCUAAAAUUCCAACUCCCCAGAGAAGGCCACUAGCCAGCAAAUUGGACAAGUCCUUGAAGAGAUAAUAUGAUUGGCUCCGUAAAGGUCUUUUCCUUUUGCAUUAAGUAUUUAAGUUUGUAAGAUGUAAAAUAUUAUGUAGAAAUUAUUGUGAAAUAUCGCAAGAGGUGGAUUUUUAAUUCUGCAGAUGGCCUUAUUUGUGUAUUUGUCUUCUUAUUUUAUGUGUAUAAUUUUUGUCAGAUUUGUUUUUGUUUAUGCCAUAUCCUGUGAGAAGGGGGAAAGAGUUUUAAUGUAAACUAACAGUUGUACACAGUAAUGUGUAGAAAGUACACUAAAAAUAAUUGCCGAAUGUACAGUGUACUGAAUGUACAGUAAGUCUCUGCAACCUGAAUAAAAUAGGCCUAUCACUAUGUCAUUAGUUAACAGUAAAGGAUACCUCAUGAUUUUUCUUUAAAAAAGAAAAAGACAAUACUAAAAAGCCAAAAGACACAAUUACACAUUUUGAGCUAACUAAACAAACACUAAAGGAUGUACGUCAAAGCUACUAAGGAAUAGAAACCCACAGUCACAGUACCCUUAUUUAUACAGCAUCUCU